AUAAACUCCUAAAGAAUUUCUGAAAAAUUUUGUGCUAUCUAGUUAUGCAAACCGCGAUUUAAAGUAACGGAACGCGACCGUAGAUUAGUCGGUUUAAUUAAUGGAUUUUGUUGCCGGACUGUACCACAAUUCGCCUGCAUGGCAUGUCACGUGCAGUGGAUUAUUUCAAACGUUUAUUAUGUGCGAAUAAAAAAUGAACAGUCAUAGAGGGUCGUUUCUGUCCCAUAUGAAAGUUAUGUGUGUGUCUUAAUACGGUAGUUUAGCUUUCAGAGGCGGCCUCCUUCGGCGGGUAAUAAGACCUCCCCAAACGAAGACGUAACUCCCCGAAUGACACAGACAGGGCAGCCAUUUUGAUUUGAAGUUUGCGAAGAAAGGAGUUGCAUAUUACGUUGGUUUUUCUGUCUUGCCGUUCGAAUAAUCGAUUCAACGCAUUCGCGUUAGACGCUUUUAUUGCGUUGCGGCAGAAAUAACAAUUUACGUUUCAACUAUCUGUCCGAAUAGAAAUCUGUAGCCGCGCCGCAAGCAACGCGGAAAAGCCCUCAUUCAUUUUCGAAAACGUGCUUCGUGUUCCUGGCCUUUCAUGGCCACCCGGGUAGGCUAGCUGGUUAAUUUUUAAAAAGUAAGAAUCCGAGACCCGCACGCGGUUAGAACUUCGAAUCGGCCCUCGCUCGUGCCUCCGCCGAACUGCGCCCAGGAAGAGGGAAACUUACUUACUUAGCAGACUGAGACUCGCGAAGCCCACACUUGACUUGUGUUGUGUCACUUGUCUGAUUGUGUAGCUCGCUGCUAGUAUUAUUAGCCGCGCGACCCGACCGCCGCAAUCCCGCACACGGACGCCGGAGCCCGACGAAACCCGAACGCACGCACGCAGCGCUUUCGUUUCGGAGCGACGCCAUGGCAGAGCUGUACAUUCGCGUGGCCGAGGACGAGAACGAGGAGCCCAUGGAGAUCCCCUCGGAGGACGACGGCACGGUGCUGCUUUCCACGGUGGCGGCCCAGUUUCCCGGGGCGUGCGGCCUGCGCUACCGCAGCCCCGUGUCCCAGUGCAUGCGGGGCGUCCGCCUCGUGGAGGGCGUGCUGCACGCGCCCGAGAACGGCUGGGGCAACCUGGUCUACAUCGUGAACUAUCCCAAAGAUAACAAGAGGAAAAUGGACGAGAUCGACGCUUCUUCGGCGGUCAAGAUAAAGAGGGGCGAUCAGAAGACAUCAGACCUGAUCGUCCUGGGUUUGCCCUGGAAAACUUCCGAGCAAGAUCUGAAGGACUACUUCAGCACUUUUGGGGAAGUUAUUAUGGUGCAGGUCAAACGAGAUGUGAAAACUGGAAAUUCUAAAGGGUUCGGCUUUGUAAGGUUCACUGAUUAUGAGGCACAAGUGAAAGUGAUGUCACAGCGGCACAUGAUUGAUGGAAGAUGGUGUGACUGUAAACUUCCUAACUCUAAGCAAGGCCCCGAUGAGCCCAUGAGGAGCAGAAAAGUGUUUGUGGGCCGCUGUACUGAAGACAUGACUGCUGAAGAGCUCCGCCAGUUCUUCAUGCAGUAUGGCGAAGUCACAGAUGUCUUCAUACCCAAGCCAUUCCGGGCCUUUGCAUUUGUCACCUUUGCCGAUGAUCAGGUUGCCCAGUCUCUCUGUGGCGAGGACCUGAUCAUUAAGGGCGUCAGCGUACACAUCUCCAAUGCAGAGCCUAAGCAUAACAAUAGUAGGCAAAUGAUGGACCGCGGGGGCCGGUUUGGGAACGGAGGGUUUGGAGGUCAGGGCUUUGGCAACAAUCGUGGUGGGCUUGGGAAUAGUACUAACAACAUGGGUAGUAGUGUAAAUUUUGGUGCUUUUAGUUUAAACCCAGCUAUGAUGGCUGCUGCGCAGGCUGCCCUGCAAAGCAGCUGGGGCAUGAUGGGUAUGCUGGCCGGUCAGCAGGGCCAGUCGGCCGCCUCUGGCAGUACUCCUGCUGGGCAAACUAGCACGACUCGGGAGCAGAGCCAGUCCUUCAGCUCGGGCAGCAACAGUUAUGGCACAAGCUCCGCUAGCCUGGGCUGGGGGACUGGCUCUAAUUCCGGCAGCAGCAGUAGUGGUUUCAACUCCAGCUUUGGCUCCAGUAUGGAGUCAAAGUCAUCAGGCUGGGGAAUGUAGCUUGUUUUUGAAGUGUUUGCACUUCUAGAUAGUAUGGUAAGUAUUUUGAAAAAGAAAAAAAGGAGGAAAAAAAAAAAAAAAAACUUUUCCCCAAGAUUAACUUGUAAUAUUCUUGGUAUUUAAAAUGCAGUUUUGCCUUUCUUUUUGUUACUAGAACAUACAAUGAAUGUUUUUGUACAUUGGGGUUAGCCUGCACAUGAGAAAUGUGAAGUGGUUGAAGUGAAUUGUUUGCCAGUAUCAAGAGUUAAAACACUACUUAAAGUGUGAUUUAUUUAGUUUUUCAUGUUAAAAUGAAAAUUUAGUGGCAAACUAGAUUGUGAUUUAGUAAUGCUAUGAAAUUUCCUGAGUAUUAUUUCAGUAUAUGUUCAACCACAGUCUUAUUGGUUUGUCUUGAAUUAGGUUCUGUUUGCAGUUUCUCUUUUUUUAAACGUUUUACGGAAAAGCCUUCAUUGAAAUCUCUUCUGCAGUUCACCACCUCUUUUCCAAUUUCCCGGGAAGAAGCCCCUCAUUGGCAGCAAUGUUCGAGCGGUCUCAGUAUCAGUUCCCCUC